UCGGAUUGAGAUCAAUUUCGAUUGAUCGAAAGUUGAUUAAAAUGUUUGUGUAUUUUCAUUUCUUGUUGUUCAGUUUCUUUGGGUUGGGGCUCUGGAAUUGUGGGUUAGCUUUCGAUGUUGUAAACAAACCCGUCACGGAAGACUGCCUGGAAUGCCUAUGUGAGACUUCAAGCGGUUGCAAUGCGUCAAAGAUUUGUGUGAACGGGGCAUGUGGCAUCUUUCGGAUUACCCGGGGCUUCUGGUUAGAGGGCGGUCAAUUAACGCUGCCGAAUGACACCUCCCUAUCGGAUGAUGCCUUUGUCAACUGCGUGAAUGAUCCUUAUUGUGCCGCGGAUACGAUCCAGAAUUAUAUGUACAAACACGGCCAGGACUGCAAUGGGGAUGAGCACAUCAAUUGCGAGGAUUACGGAGCCAUCCAUAAGCUCGGCAAUUUAAAUUGUCGUGGCGAGUUGCCCUACAGUUUCGCCAAGGUCUUCAAUAGAUGCCUGAAACGAAAGCAGCAACUGGAGGCAAAAGCAAAGGCAAAGGAACAAUCGUCGAAUUAACUAAAUAACUUUUUCUUUAUUUGGUUGGUAAUGUUUUUUGAAAACAAUUAUUAAUACACAUUGCUUAUGUUUGCAUCUGAACAGUUUCCAAUACAGAUCUAACGAUAUAGAUGUAGUUAUAUGUAAUACAAUACAUAGUAUAUAUAUAUAUAUAUAUAUAAUUUAGUAUAUAGUUUUUUGUUGGUAUAUGAAAACUACUUUAGAAUCUUUCAACAAUUUGUUAACGUUUACUAAAUAGUAUUUUAUUGGAUUCAAAGAGGUCUUAAGUACAUAAGUAUAACCCGAUUAUUGCUGCUCCCAUUUUCUAUAUAGCUUCUGCUUCAGAUCGAUUAGAUUUGGUAUUAAAAUCUUUUAGGAAUAGAAGUUAAUGUUGAAUGAAAUGAAUUCUAUUUUUCCUUAUUGUAUAACUUGAACCUUAGCUUUAGAAUUUGUUUAAACUGCUUAAACUGUUUUUUCUUUUUUUUUAUAUUAUUCAUUAUAAACAAUUGUUUCGAACAACCUUUCAACUUAUGAGACAUAUGAGAGAGUUUUGCUAGCAGUGAUGAUAAUUGUAUAAAAUAAUGCAAUAAAUUAAAUACUAUUAUUUU